AUGAUGGAAAGCAUCCAGCUUGCGCAGAUGCUGGCUGACCUCAGCGAUCUAAACGCCGCGGAAUCGCAGGCCGCUGUCGCCUUGGUUAACGCCAACAAAACCCUUCCGACGUCAUCGCCUGCCGACUCAGCGCGGCCAUCGGAGCAAGCGCCGGCCCGGCCAACCCUGCGACAUCACAAGCGCACUGGAUCCGGCGGUUCAGCAGCUUCGCCGGGUUCAUCCUUCAUGUCGAGGACAGCUUCACCCGCCAAAUUCGACAAGCUAGGCCGGCGCAUUCUUACCCCGCCCAACACACGCACAAACUCAUCCUAUGGCUCGAUCCCCGGGACGCCGCAGCGCGAGACAGAGACCGACGACGAUGUUGACCGAGCCAACUCCCUCAUGUCCCUCUAUGAGAUUCGCGCCAAGCUGAAGGACCAGGACAAUAACCGGAGUCUCAGCAAAUUGAGAGAGAAAAUCGCCGCCCUUCACGCGAAGCAGGUGCAGGGCGAGAAGAAGGAUGGUGACCCUGGAAGGGCGAAGUUCAGUUAUCCCAAGAGCCCAUGA